CACACACACACACACACACACACACACACACACACGGGUUCUUAAGCAGGCUUUUCUUUCUAUCCUUAGCUCCCCCCCUCCUGUCUUCUCCUCUCUCCUCAUUUCUCCUCUCUCUCCAUCCGCACCCUCCCUCCUCUGUGUGCCCGAUUACCGACUGCCAUUUUACCCAGAGAGCCGUGGAACCAGGGGCUCCUCUGUACAUCUCGGUGUAUGACUUAAACCGCAGAGAUAGCUGGCACACACACACACACACAUUCACACACAUAGUACUAGCACCUGGUCUGGCUCGACCGGUCGGUUGAGCUGACAUCAACAGAUUCCUUCCAGCUUUUCAAAUCUUUUUGGACCAUGUUUCCUGAAAAAGUGAGUAGUGUUCCUGAUAGUGUUGGUACAUUUUUGUAAAUAUGGUACUUUAAAAAUGGUUGUUACGUGUGUGACUAGUGGAAGAAAUUUUUCUCAACUACUUAUAGGACAAUUUGAAGAAUCUCAGAUUGGUAAAAAGUGGUAAAAUGGUUUUCUAGAUACAAACAUGGGUCUGUGGUCACAAUGUAGUAACAAUAACUUAGUAGUAAAAUAAUCUAUGUUGAUAUUAUGUGCUAAAAAAGCAUUUGUAGAUUAUAAUAUGGUGGUAAAGGAGCCUCUACAGCUAUACUGUUAUUACUUAUUGUUGCCUUUUGAUUGUCUUGUUUUCAUCUUUAAAAGUGUCUCUUGUUCCCAUUAUGCUUAAAGGGCUGGUGCGUGUAAAUGGAAAAACUAUCAGAAAUUGCAGAUAGUCUCUUAAAUCUUAAGAAGUACGAAGAAGAAGACCGUAUCUUGGGCUAAUAAUACUGUAAUUGAAUGUGACUAUCCUUGGGUUGUACCUGUAGGUUAAGGUGUAUGCUCUAACCUCACAUGAUGUAGGAUUAAGUUGCCUAUUUAGGCCACAGCAGGGAGAAUAAUUUAAAGCUGAGUUCUUAACCUGUGCAGCUCUUUCUACAGGUCAGGACAGCAUGAAUCCCACAGUAAAUUAAUCCGAAAUUUAAAGUACAGGCCUUAUGCUUAGUACAUUUUUAGACUCCGUCAUCACUGUUGUGCUUGGAAACAAAUCCUCAAGCAGCCUCGUCACCCAGUUCAAACAGGCAAAAAGUAAGCUAGUAAAAAAACAGCUUCAGAAGCUGUUUGUUUGUGCUGUGUCACCUUGAAGACUAAUGAUUUGCUGCUAUGGCUAAUGUAAAAUCAUUUUAAAAAAAUAAUUAUUAUUGUCACAUGUAGUUAAACAGUUGGAUUUCCCUCAAAAACAAAAGAAUGUGGUGAUUUUUAUGGUUGUAAGGUUGUUAAUAGGGACAGAGCUGAAGAGGGAUUAAGGAGGAGAGCAUCACGUUGAGUGUCCACAGCUAAGAGCAGUGAUUUGGCCUGCAGUCUGGCCUUAUGGGACUCAAGAAAAAGCCUGCUUAGCUCACGGAUGACACUGACUGUUUUUCACAGGCUUUUGAAAGUCAUCACAGCUCACAGUCAUGAUUAAUAUUAUUAUCAUUCUAUUUAAUAUAGGAGGCAAGUAGUAACUCUGGGCUGAUCACUGUCCUGUACUGAUUCAGGCUACACCUGUUAAUAUUGCACUCAUUUUAUUGUUGGUCAUAUCAUGGAUAAAUUAUUUUUGCUUUUAGUUAUACAGAGCUUACUUUUUUGUCUGUAUAAUUCAAAUUCUGUCAGCAUGUGAGUGAUUAUACCAUUGCCCAGGUGUCCAUAGAUCUAUGCAACACAUAAAAAACAAGCAGAAUAGUAUAAUAUUGCUAGGGAUUACUUCAUUGAUCAGUAAUUUGUAAGGUUAUAAAACAAAAUAAACUAUAUAACACUGUAUAUUAUGCAAGCUGGUUUAUGUUGGCUCUCCAGAAGCAGGACAGAAACUUUUUACAUCCGUUCCAAAUAGGAUUUCUACAUGUGUGCUAGGCUGCUCCACUAAAUAUAGCAGGCUGUGGGAAGCUCUGUCCUCUACAUCUACAUAGAUGUGCAUGUAGCUGUAUGCAUUCAGUAUUGUCAGUUUACAUUAUGUGACUAUUUUCUGUUGAAAAGUUAUUGCUCAUCCAUUGGUCUAAUGUCCAAAAAUUGACCAAAGCAGAAAUCUUCUGUUUCAGCCAUACUGUGAUAGAUAUCUUAUGAUGUGUAUUAUUUAGAAAUGAAAGAUGCUUAUGCAGAACAUUUUAGGAGAAUGAGAAUCAUGGGGAACCUUUAGGCAUUUUUUUGCCUUGUUGGUCAUUCCCAUAAUAGUGGAUGGUGAUCAACACUUAGAUUUGUUAGGAAACAAACCAUUUACCUGGCAGCCUACAGGUUUGAUUUGAGAAUGACUUUGUACAAAGUGUUUUCCCCAGUUGUAGCCAAAUGACAUAUGUAACACCCUGAUAUCAAGUAGUCCUGUUAGUGGAUGUCCUGUCCUGAAUCCUUAGUCAAACACCCUGAUUAGGAGUUGACACCCUGUGAGUGUGAUUAGAUAUAGAAGGACCAAAGGCAAUGUAAUGCAUUAAAAAGGUCCUUUGACAACUUUUGCUUUUGUUAUCGUAGCUCAUGCUUAGUAUGUUUUAAAAAAUCAAUUGUAAUAGUGGCAAUUCUGCAAGAGAACUGCAAUCAAUCAAAUUGCUCUUUAGGUCUGUGUUUUCCCACAUGUAAAGUUCUCAGCGAGGCUGUGAUGUAAUAAAAUUUGCAGUCUUAAAGUGAUUUAUUUUCCAUUUUUAAUCUGCUUUACUGUUUGACAACUUCUUUAGAUUCAGUAUUGCGUUUGUGUGUAUCCUUCAGGUGUGUGUGAGAGCGCAGCAUGCAUUCGGUCCAGACAGGCAUGUGGGACCCUCGUCCCUCAUCUAAACAUGCCUCGCCCCUCUCCCAGCCGCCCCCCACCCAUUCCCGCCUCACCCAUGUAACCAGAGCCACCCCGGCAAAGCGGAUCACCUUCUACAAAAGCGGUGACAGUCAGUUUGGGGGCGUAAGGAUGGCCAUCCACAAGCGUAGCUUCAAAUGUUUCGACACCCUGCUGGAUGACCUUUCGCAAAAGGUGCCACUGCCAUUUGGUGUGCGGACUGUAACUACUCCCCGUGGCAUCCACGCCAUCAAACACCUGGAGCAGCUCCAGGAUGGUGGCUGUUACCUCUGCUCUGACCGGCGCCACACUAAGCCAAUCAACAUGGAGCUGGCUAGCAAACGCCCGAGUAUCUGGUACAACCACAGCCGGAGACCCCAGCGUCCUGAGGCCUCGUCCACAACUCCACCCGGCCAUUUGCCUUACAGGCAGCGACGGAUCCUUCUGGUGAAGAACAGCGAGCCGGGGAUGAGGAGGAGUGUAGUGUUGAGCAGGAGGUCGACCAGGAGUCUGAGGGCCUUUCUUGAUGAGGUAUCUGAGGUGAUGCAGUUUCAUGUCCGCAAGCUCUACACUCCAGAGGGACGCAGGAUUGACAGCGUGCAAAGCCUGAUGACUUGUCCUGCUAUUUUGGUGUGUGUUGGCCGGGAAGCCUUCAGUCCACUGCUAGUAAACUUCAUCAGGAAGAGCUCAGAUGAAAAACUGCCUGGGUUGGGCAGCAGGUCACCUGGUCUUGGCCCCAGAACCCCUGGAAAUGGGGCCCGAUCCCCUGCUACUCAAGGAGCAAGAUCCCCACCUCAUGGAGCUCAGUCAAGGGCCAGCGAAUACAGUGAAGGGCAUGAGAGCAAGAAAAAUGUUAACUUUGGUCUGGAAACCAAAAAGAGCAUCAUCCACCCUCGUUCUGAUUCCUCAAACCGCUCCACCCGUUUCUCUUUGUCUUCAGAGAAGUCAUACGGCAAUGGUGUCAGUGCAUACUCCCAGGGCAGACCAGCUAUUAUGAACGAUGACAUUGAAAAGCGUGUCCUGGUCAAUAAAGAUGGCAGCCUCUCAGUAGAGAUGAGGGUGCGUUUUCGCCUCCACAAUGAAGAGACCUUACAGUGGUCCACCCAGAUUAAAAAAUCCCCAUCUCUGACCAAUGACUGUUGCCCUCUGAGCCAGGCGCACCCCCAUUACUUGCAGCAGGGCCAAUCAGAAAGCUGCUCUGACCCUGAUUCCACAGCCUUCGACACAGAGGGUGUGGAGUAUUCCAGCCAACCUCUGCAGCAUGCAUUGGAAGGGAGUCGCUGCCCUUGCUGCUAUCCGAGUCAGGAACAGCAGUACGACUUGUGGGAAAACCCUGUACACAGCCACAAACAGCGUCCUGUCCCACCCCCGCAUAAAUCCAGCCACACCCACACUAUGAUGAGACAUACACACUCCUCUAGCUCUUCUUCAUCAUGUAACUCAAGGAGAGUGGUGCGCUGCCGAGCACAACUCUCCAACUGUGGAGGAGGUUCUGGUUCAGAGCAGAGCCAACUGGUCCAGGAGGAGAUGUGCGUGACAGAGCAGGUUGAGCGCAGAGUAGAGGUGGAGCAGGAUGGAGACACCCAUGUAGAGGUUUGCAGGGUGAGCCGGUGCUGCAGUCGCAGUGAAGUGGUCGCCAUUGAUAGCAACCUACGACCACUUAGCAGGAGGUCAGCUGAGGAUGAGCUAAUGAUAGAGGAAAUGGAUCGUCCCCUGUCUGGGGUCAGCAGCUCCUCACACGUCCUGCAAUCACUGAAAGAAGACCAGGAUGAUGAGGAUGAUGACCUGCCACCCAGCGCCUCACAGUGCGGUCACAGCAAUGAAUCAUCACCAUCCCCAAACUCCCAGACAGGCAAUGACAAGCCAACAAGCAACAUUUCAGCCAGUUCCGUCCACUCUACCAAAUACAAGAAGCACAAAGAUGCUGAAGAGAGAGGAAGCAGAACAGUAUCAGCAGCCUCUUCCUGUCACUGUGGAGCUGCCACCCCACACUCAACAACUGGAGCAGAUGAGACGGAUCGAGCUUCCAGCUCCAAGUCCAAAAUAAGUAGGGCCUCUUGCAGGUCCACCACAACCAGGGUCCCAAACUCAGAAGAGGAGGGGGCAGCAGAUGAUGAGGAUGAAGAGGUAAAUAGGGUUGUUAGUGGCUUGUCUGGUCACACAGGACUUUCAGCAGGCUCUCGGCAAUCAGGAUCAUCCAGUGUAUGUCAUAAUUGUGGGGGCUGCAAACAUGGGGUCAACUCCAGUUCCAGUAGUAGAGCUUCACAGAGGUCCCAUCACUCCCUCCGAGCCUCUCCAAACCCCGCCUCACCUCUCUCUAACCAAGAGAAUGCCAAUGAUGGCAGUGAGGAUGAUGGCUCAGAUGUGUCAGCUGUGUCAACGCAAUCCAACAAAACCAACCUCACCAACCAUGGGCGCUUCUCUGUAACAUCAAAUAUUCUAGAGGGCAGAGCAUCUAGUGCCAUGUCCAGAACAUCCAAUCCGGAGCAAGCAGGAAUAGAGGAAGACAGGGCUCCUAGUGCCGCCUCAGCCACAAGUCACAGGUCCAGCAGAUCACAGAAGUCUUGCUGUAAUGGUGCCACUGAUGCCACAACUGAAAAAGAGGAGAGAAGCCCCAGCGCCAUGUCGGCUCAGUCCAACCUGUCUGCCAAGUCCAGCAAGUCUCACAAGUCCAACAGCACUGGUAUAGCUGAAACUCCUGACAUCAGAACAAGAGAGGAAGCAGAGGGAGAGAACACUGUAGAGAGAGCAGUUAGCUCCUUGUCAGCCAAAUCUGACAUUUCUGCAAAGACCAGAGCUUCAGUUAAGACUCACAAGUCCAACUGCCCAUCAAGUAUAAUGAUUGCCUCUCCAGCUGACAAUACAGCUUUGGAAGAGAAUGACACAAACAAAAGAGCUCCCAGUAGCCUUUCUGUUAAGUCUAAUGCUUCUGCCAAGCCUGGCAAGAAAGAAAGACCUGAAAGUGUCCUGUCUGCUAAAUCAACUAAAUCAAAUGUGUCAGCAAAGUCCAGCACAUCUCACAGGACCACUUGCAGUCAUUGUGUGAGAGAAGUAUCUCCAGGUGCUAAAGAAGCUGAUGAGCCAAUUAAAGAUACAACAGGAACGGAAGGAGAAACAGAGAUGGAGGAGAGAGCAGCGAGUGCCCUGUCAGCCAAGUCCAAUCUGUCUGCCAAGUCUAAUAAAUCCUGUAAAUCCACCAAAGCUUCGCAAAGGUCACUUUCACCAAGGUCAGAGGCUGGAAGAGAUGAAGAAGAAAGGGCAGCGAGUCAAAUGUCUGCCAGAUCAGUUAAAUCCAACAUGUCUGUCAAGUCUAACUGUAAUGGCAAUGAAAAGGUAGCAGAGGAGGCUGAAGAAAAAGAAAAUGAGUGUGUGGAAGAGGAAAGAGAAGAGGAGGAGGAAAGACCAGAAAGUGUAACAUCUGCUAAAUCAGAAAAUGAAGAGAGGGCAGCCAGUGCAAUGUCCUCUAAAUCUAAAAAAUCUAACUGUAAUGGCAGCACAGGAGAAAAUCCUGAAACAGGAGACAGUACAGGAGAUUGUGAAAAGGAUGAGAUUAGGGCUGCCAGUGCUUUGUCUGGUAAAUCAGCUUCAUCUGCAAAGUCUCACCACACAAAUUGUGACACAAGUUCAAGAGUAGCGUCUCCGGCUAAAGAUACAGCUGAAACAGAGGAGGGCGGCAUGGUGGACAGAAGCCCCAGUGCUAUGUCUGGAAAAUCAAACAUCUCUGCCAAGUCCGCCAAGUCCCGAAGGUCAAACCACACCCCAGCAUCUCCAAAUCCAAUUGAAGCUGCUGUUCCUUCUGUGGAAACAAACGGAGAGGAGAAGCAAAAUGGAGAUCAAGAGCGGGUGGCUAGUGCCAUGUCUGUAAAGUCAAAAAUUUCAGUGAAAUCCUGUACUUCUAACAAGUCAAAUUCUAGCAAGCAUCUUAAAUCAGUGUCACCAAGUCCAAAUGUUGUCACCAUUAAAACACCAGAAGGGGUUGAUGAGGAAGGAAAUGUGACAACAGAGAGAGCACCUAGCGCUGCAUCAGCUAAAUCAGGAAAAUCUAAAGUUUCAUGUACUUCACGUAAGUCCAAUCAUAAUGGAACAGCUGAUAUUGCUGUUAUUGAAACAGCUGAUACAGAAGAAAAGCAAGAGGAAGACAAUGCACCAAAAAGUAAAUCAUCUGAACACUCUAAUGGCCAAACGCUCUCACCCAGGAGGACACGUUCACCACGAACACACUCACCCAAAGCUUCAGCUGCAUCCCCCAGCAGUCCUCCAUCCCCUGUACAGCAGUUAUUACCUGGCCCUGGUGUUGGAGAGAAAAGAGGACCCAGUGCCUUGUCAGUUCACUCCACAACCUCUGCUAAGUCUGGCAAGUCCAAAUGUCACUGUAGAGCAGCUUCGGCACUUGAAAAGGCAAAGAAAGAAAAGGAGGCGGAGGUCAAGGAAGUGGAGAAAAAGGAAGAGGAUGAGAAGCUGAAAAACGAAGAUGACAAUGAGCCUUCAGAUCGAGCAGCCAGCGUCCUGUCUUCCUCCUCCAAAAGACAGAGGAGAGAAUCAGGAGGCAGUGAGCAUGCACUGAGUCGAAACUCAUCAGGGUCAGUCUCUCUUGGGUUGCCAGAGGACCAAGAAACAGGUGACUCAGAUAGCGGCAAGUCCAGUGUUUCAUUUCACAUUAUCACUGAGAGUAAGGGCAGAGUGAAGACGGCAACUCCUGAUGUCCGCAAAAGCACAGAAGAGUCUGCUAAGGAAGACGUAGAGAGAACAGAGUCCGCUAUGUCUCAAAAGUCCAACAUUAAUGGCAGUGAAAGCACUUUGUCUGACAAUCCUCAAGCAGUCAAUAUACCUACUAUUGAAAUGCCUGGAGGAGGUAACAAUGAAGGCGAAGAAGUUGGAGAGCAAAAAACAGAAAGAGCAGCCAGUGAACUCUCAGUUAAAAGCAGCAGGUCUCACAAGUCUUCUCAUAACUGUAGCGUCAAAUCAGCAGCUCGAUUGGCUACUAAUGAAACUAAAGAGCAACAUGCUAGUGCCAGCCCAACCAAAGCAGGAAAUGAACUUGAAACAGGCAGUGUGAAGUCUGCUUCAACAACAAAAGCUAACAAUAUGGACACCCUUAACAAUAGGACCCCAUCUGUAAUGUCAUCAGCAAGUGCUAAAGUUAGGAGCAAAUCCCCUGCAAGUGCCAGUGCUAAAAAUGCCAAUGUUGCAAAAACAUCUGCUGGAGAUUCAACAAAUAAUGAUGCUGAAAACAAGGCCUUCAGUAGACCAGCCAGUAAAGCCAAAGGGAAAGAAGAUAUCACAGACAACGAGGCAGCCAGUGUCCGCUCCAAGAGUCCCUGUUGCCUCAGGCCUGAGUCUGCAGCUUCGGCUAACUCAGGGUCAAAAAUGAAAGCCUCAAAGGAGAGUAAACCAGAGGAUCCAGUCAUAUCAGACCAUUUUAAUACAGUCAAAGGCGACAGUGGCAGUGUCACAUCUGUCAAGACAUCCAAGAAACAAGAAACACCAAACAAACCCUCAACGACCUAUCCCUCACACAGCUCCAGACCAUCUAGCAAAGUGGAGACAUGUAGUGAAAGCACUCUGUCUCGCUCUCUGUCCGCUGCUGACUUACUGAAGGAAACCAUGGCGGCUGUACGUCCACACAGCCGACAGUCGAAAGCCAGCAAAACCACCGACAAGCCAAGGAGUGAGAAAAGCAGCAGGUGUCAGAGAAACAAGAACCAGAAGGAUCAGGAGGAGCUAGAAAUGACACCUGCCUGUCUACCCAACGCUUCCCCUAAUGAGGUCAUUAGCGAUUGGCUGCGGAGCCUUCCUGCUAACAGCAACAUGUUUGCACUUGAGGAUGGGUUGAACGAGGAAGAGCAGGAGAGGGAGGAGGAGGUGGAGGAGAUACCUGGAGAGGAGGUAGCAAAGGGGGAGGAUUGUCCUGUAGCUGAGGAAGCAGACAAGGAGGAGGAAGUUGAGGCUGAAGAGAAAGAGGAGAAAGAGGAAGAAGUUGAAUGUGAUGCAGCGGAGGAGAAGAGCCCAGAUCCAGCUCCAGGUGUUGCAGCAGGGACCUCAUCUCACCCCACCACUCUCUUGUUGAGUUCUGAGUCUCUGCCAAGGAACUGGCAUUCUUCAGUUGCAGUGAUGAAAGUUCUUCUGAGCUCUUCUCUGGGUCGAUCUCGGAGCAUGCCCGAGGUGUCUCCAGUUUAUGGUCGCAGACUGAGCACCUCAGCCAGGGGGCUCUUGGACUGUUUGGCCCAGCUCCAGCUCAUUGAGCCUGCAGUGAGCCCUGGGUCUGGUCAACAAAAGGACCGCAAACAGCAGUAUGACGACAUUAUGGCCAUCCUUCAGUCCCUCUGGCUCACAGAACCAAAGGACAUUGAGGCCAAGGACUGCAGCAGAGACCAGGUGACUCCACCGAGGUCCUCAUCCGGGGUGGGUAUGAGCAGUGGCUCUGCUGGAUCAGGGAAGGAGAAUGGAAAUCAAGGAGGAGAUGAAAUACCCCCAAAGGAGACAGAAUCUUUACAUGAGGAUGAGGAAGAAGAGAAGGUUGUAGAGGAGGAGGAGAAGGAGGAAGGAAAUGAAGAGCCAGAAUACAAGGAAAUUGAGGCUGAAGCCAUUUCAGAUCCAGAAGACACAAAAACAGACAUAGCAGAGGAACCGUUGCAGAGUGAUGAGCAGAGUACAGUCCCUCCAAGUCUUGACAGCCCAAAAGCCACUGACAACCCUUCAUCAUCGGACAAGAGCUCUGUUAACGACAGCUCCAAAUCCCCCACUGAUAACGAGCGAGAGAUGCUGGAGGACUCCAGCUCAGGCACGCCUCCAACUGUCCUGCGAGCACCCUUGUCCAAAAGACUAUCCCAAGACCCUGAUCCAGUUUGGGUUCUGCAUCUUCUGAAGAAGCUGGAGAAACAAUUCAUGAACCACUACAUUAAUGCCAUGGCGGAGUUCAAAGUUCGUUGGGACCUGGACGACAAUAUCAUCCUGGACACAAUGAUCUCCGAGCUGAGAGAGGAGGUGAGCCGGCGCAUCCAGAGCAGCAUCGAAAGGGAAAUGAGGAAGAUUCAGAGUCGAGCCGGCAGAGGGGGGAGGUCGAGCCGGCCACCACAGCUAGGGAACCUCUCCAGGGAGUCCACCAUGACAGAUAAGAGGCGUCAAUUGUUGAAGGUCAUGAAGAACCAGUCAGUGAAAACUGCUGAAUCCCUCAGCGAUGGUGAGAUAACAGGUGACUUCAGCGACCAGCGAAGCGAGGACGAGUACUGCCCCUGUGAUGCUUGUGUACGCAAGAAAAUGGCCGCCCGACCACUCAAAGCAAACCUGAUGGGAUCUGAAGCACCAGUAAUGAUGGAGUUUGACCUCCUUAAGAUACUUCAGCUGAAGAAAAGCCCGUCACCUGCACCUGCAGUGCCGCCACUACCUGCGGACGAGGAAUAUGACAGCAUGGCAGAUGAGGAGGGGAGAAAUUUAGAGGUACUGCAGGAGGAAGAAGAGGAGGAUGAAACUAAAGAGGAUAUCAGAGCUGAAGUUGUUUUAGAGGAGACUAUCCCAGAGGAGGAUGAGGAAGAUAUAGAAGAAGAUGAAGGAGAGGAAGUAGGAGAGGAUGGAGAUGAGGAGGAAGAAUGCCAGUGCCACUCUGCCAGAGAUGAAGAGGUGAGCAGAGAAACAGCAGAGGGAGAGGAGGGUGAGGAAACUAGUGACAAUGCAGAAGAUGAAGGAGAGACAGGAGAAGAUGGGGAGCAGGAGGAGAGUGACAGGGAGACGGUAAAAGAGGUAACAGCAGGUGAUGGAGAGGAGGAGGAGGAAGAGGCACAGGUGGAAGAGUGUGAAGUGUCAGAAUUUAAGCCUGAGGAGGAAGAAGAAGGAUCGUCAGGCAAGGAAAAAAGCGGAGAAGAAGAGGAAUCAGGGGAGAUAGAGGAUGAAAACACCGCAAAUGAAGAAUCAACGCCGGUGGAGGAGCUUGUGGAGGGGAACAUCAAUGCAGAGGCAGAGGAUGAUAUUGAAGGGGAUGAUGGCACCGGAGAGGGCGAGUCAAAUGAAGAUGAAGAGGGUAAGGGGGUGACUCCGGAUGUCUGUGUGACCGAGGGGGAGGAGGCCGAUGCCGAAGACUCAAACACAGACGGCAAACGUCCAAGUGACACCAGUCCGGACGAAUCAGGACAUGAGGGGGCUGAAGCCACAGGAGAUGAGGAGGAGAAAGAGGGUGGAGGUAAUGGUGAUGAGGAGGAGGUUGUGGAAGAUGUUGUCGAGGAAUUUAAGCCCGAGGAAGAGGAGGGAGAAGAGAUCAGAAACACAUGGGAGGAUGGCGCUCUCCUCCAUCAGUUCACCAGGACCUCAGUGGAGUCCCAGCCCGGCUCCUUGGAGGACAUUGACAUGGAUUCACUCGAGAAACGUGUUAAGUCCAUAGAAGUGCCCAAAAAGAAUGCCGGUGGAUCCACUGGUGGUGCGGGCCAGAGGAGGAGCCGGUCUCCGGCCAGGGUCAAACGGCGCAAACCAAAAGAGAGCGACGUUGAACUGGAUGACUUAGACAUUUAACUCACAUUGAAACACCUCAGUGUGCUUGGAGAGACUAGGCGUGGUCUGAAAUCACAGAUUUAUGAAGAAUAUCAAAGACUCCAAUAAACCCUUUCUCUAUCAGUGACCACACGGGUAGAAUUAUGUAGGUUUAAACAACCAAAAACAAAGACUCAAACACUUGAAGCACUUUAUCACUCUGGUGUAGAAGGACAGCAGAAACGUCAUGAUUGUAGAAACUUGAAACUUGAAACCACCAUGUUAUCCUAUUUAAUUAUAUGAAUUAUAUUUAUUAUGGUUAUUUGUAUAUUUUUGAAGUUAAUUGUAUGUAUGAGGGGAUAUGUCUAUCUCUGGACUAUAUGUGUAUGAAUGCUGUAUAUUUUUGAAACAAAAAAAAAAGAUUUUUGACACCUAUGGGUAUAUUAUGUGAACUCAGUUUUGUGUUCAGUGGACCACAGGUUUAUUGAUUUAUUGAAUCAUAUAGCCAUACAUCUACAAUGUACCUCCAAGGGAUGUUAGAUGUUAAAUGACAAUUAAUUAGUGUUUCACAAAACCAGCGUACUGAUACUUGGUUUGUGUUUUAGUUCAGUUCUUGUCUAUUUAUUUGCAUUUGUCUCAAUAAGUUGAAGAUGCUGGAUUCUCAGGGGUUUGGACAACCAGGUUGCUUUUGAAAGGUCACCUCUGAGCUAUAACUUACCUACCUACUUAUAUCUGUAGUCUAUAAAGAAGACUUCUGUUUAAAACUACUCAAACUCAGUAAUGUAAUCUGAUUACCUUAAACAAAUAGUUGGACAUUUUGAGAAUUUGCAGAGAGUUAGAUGAGAAGAUUGAUUACUACUCUCAUGUCUGUACACGAAAUGUGUAGCUGAAUCCACUAUACAGCUAGCUUAGCGUACCACAAACAAGGCACAAACAGCUAGCUUGGUUCUGUCCAAAGGUAAGAAAAAAACAUCUGGCUGCACCUCUAAAGCUGACUAACUGGUUAUAUCUCAUUUGUUUAAACUGUACAAAAAACAAAGUGUAAAAACAACAAAUUGUGGGG